UUGUAUUUAGGUAUAAAUUAGACUUUGACAUCAAUUAGAUUUUUCUCAGGCUUAUGCUGUUUUGUAUUAACCGUGGCCGUAAUACUUCAAACUUUUCCGCUAAUAUUUGAUUUUAUAUUACCUUUGAACGAGUCACGUUCUUGGCAAUUUUUUAUCGUUACGGAAUAUUUUUUCAAUCAAGAGAAAUAUGUAUACGCAAUACUAUUACAUCAUAUCCUAGCUAUAUCCAUAGCAGGAGUCACAGUGUGUAGCGCCAGUUCGACAUUCUUAAUGUUUCUCCUACAUAUAUGUGCUCUAUUUAAUAUCGCAAGUCAUCAUAUAGAAAAUGCGAUGAAGUGGAACAUAUUAGCAAUAUCUGAUCCUAAAAGAGAGCAUCUCCUUUACCAGAGGAUUGUACAUGCAGUUAUUGUACAUCGUAGAGCCAUCGAGUUUACUAAGUUUUUCACAUCUGAAUUUGCUGUAUUAUUUGCUAUUCUGAUCUUAGUUGGUGUCAGCUCUUUAAGUUUAACUCUUUUACAAUUUCUUCAAUUGAUAACAUUAACGGGUAAUGUCACAGAGAUAUUCGUAUUUGCUUUGUUAAUUUUGAUUCAUUUAACUUAUAUGUUCUGUGCCAAUUAUGCGGGACAAAUAAUAACAGAUCAUGGAAUAAAGCUGUUCGAAGCAACGUGA